CAUUUGCAAUGCUGCUCGUAAAUCUAUGAUUUAACUUCAGUGGCCGUCUGUGGGUCUACGCACACACACAUACACACACAUCCACACACACACACACACACACACACACAUACACACACACACACACACACACACACACACACACACACACACACACACACACAAAACAUCUCCUCUUGCUCCAACUGCAGGCUGCGUGUCUCCACAGAUGCUGAGGGAGUAGGUCAGGAAGGAAGGAGGGUAGAAAAAUAACAGGGAGAAAGGAAAAGACAGAUUUCAGCACCGGAGCUGUCCACGGCUGUUGCAUGAGAAGUGCGUGUUGUGCGUGACAGGGAUAAGCGGUUUCCGACUGUCAAAUAUCAGCGUGGGACUGAGAGGAGAAGGAAUACCAAACUGCUGCUGUGCCAUUCAUCUGCUGGAACGGCGGGGCUACGGACUGGAGAGUCAAAGGUACUUCAUUUGUGCGAAGUGUUGCCAUGCUGGACGGACGGCUUUGAACCACAAAAGGAUAAAGUCCCAAUAAGUGUCGGUGCGCAUCAGUCUUUCACCCUUUAACGCCAUGGGAGUGCUUAUGUCAAAGAAGCAGCAGGUGGAGAAGGUGCAAAAAUGCAGCGCUGUCGUCUCUGCCUUCCAGGCGGGCAUUAAGGAUCGUGCCCCCACCACUGCCAAACCAACAGAAGUAGCUGAAGAAGACGACAAACCCGCAAAAACCUCAGCUGAUACUGAUGAGAAGAACACAGAGGAGACAGAACAGGGCGAAAAAGACAGUAGUGCAGGUCCUUCAACCUCCCAGCAGUCCUCAGCGCCGGCGAGGGACGACUGCAAGGUCAACCAAGAAGCAUGGUCAAGGUUACGGGACGGAAAGGGGGUGGAACCUGAGGAUCUGGACAAGAGCCAUCAGCUCACACCGCCUGCUUUUGUGCGACCCAAGAGGGAGGCAGAUGAUGACCAGCCUGUGGAGGUGGAACUGGGGAAAAAAGAGCAGCCACCAAGCGAUGAGAUGUGUGACGUGUGCGAGGUGUGGACGGCCGAUGACUUGUACCCCUGCCGCAUCUGCACUCGGGUCUUCCAUGAUGGCUGCCUGAGGGAGUUAGGAUACCUGCGCGCUGAAGCCCUGCAGGAGAUGAAAGAUACUGCCCACACUGUUACCGGCUGGAGCUGCUACUAUUGUGACAACCUGAAUCUCCUUCUAACAGAGGAAGAGAUGUACAGUCUAAUGGAGACCUUCAAGCAGUGCAAGAUCAUCCCAGAGUCAUGCCUGGUGUCAGAUGAGCUGCUGCAGUACCGCCACUUUGUAUCCAAGCAGCAGUUUGAUAAAGACCUGACUGAUGAGCAAGAAGAGGAAGUCCUGGCCCAGUUCACAGCGCUCGAUCCUGAGAAGAAGGGUCAUAUUGAGUGGUCUGACUUUCUCUACUUUGAGUCUCUGGCGAUGUUGAGAAAGUUUCGCACAGAGAACUCAUUGGUGCGUCUGUUGACCGCCAAGGAGAGAGACAAUGCACGGUCAGUGUUUGUGGGUCUGGACUUGGACAAAGAUGGUGUGAUUACAAGAGCAGAGUGCCGUCAAGCCCAGCAGUCCUGGUUCCACAAGGUUAACAAAGACUCACAAUCCUGCAAUGUGAGUAUAAGCCAUGUGGGCCCUAUAUGUGAGAGCAGCCCGGCCAGUUCUGGCAGUGAUAGGAGCAAGACUGACGACAACAGGCCAGUGACCUGGGCAGACUUUUUAAAAGAGAGUGCCAUCUAUAUUUUGGCUGCCCGGCCCAAUAGUUCUGCCACGCAUAUCCGUAUGCCUCUAUAGUCGAGGAUGGACCGCUCCACCCCUGCAGAAGGAGAGAGAGGGAGAUCGAGGAUGUACCCAAGUCCACAGAUGAGAGGAGGAAGACAGACAUGAUGACACCACGGCGAAUGCAGCGAGCGAACUGGAUAAAGCACCAAGAGACAGCAGAUCAAGCAAUUGACAGAGUCUCUCCUCCUCUGCAUCACCUCAACACCACACACUGACAACACACAUGCUGACUGACAUAGUGACGAAGUGACAGCGGUUGUCACGGGUCCCAACUCUGAAACCUGACAGCCUCCAACAUGUGAGAGAUAGGACGAGGAAGACAAUCACCCACACAAGACUAGGCAGUCGGUUAGGAAGACUUUUGAAACUCUGAGUGUAGUUAACGUGCACACAUUUUGAAAACAAUCCAAGGACGCUUACACUCUGAUCGAAAUGAAAAAUAUUAAACGUCCAUUUGUCCUGUUCCAUACUGUAAUGCAUUUCUCCAUGUGUGUGUGACAGGCUACUUCUCUUUAAAGUAUGUGUUCCUUUGGCUCUCAUCAUAUUCUAAUAAUAGUCAAUGUUACUGUAAUGGGUUUGUGUUGUUUGCCAUCCGAAACUUUAAUCACGUCACAGAGGCACAUACACAUUCAUUAUUGGCACAGUUUGACAAGUGGAUAGCCUUCUGAGAGGAGAUUAAUCCUGCAGCUGCCAUUCUCAGAACAUAUAACAAACAGGAAUGAAAGCUAUCUACGUAUAAUAUUAUAUGAGAACUACUAUACAUGCCAGUAUAAAUUAUUAUGCAUUACAAAAGCUGUAUUUAUUCCUGUAUCCUCUGACAUAUUCUCUCUUUCCCCCACUCUUUCAUUCUGUUUUUUCUCAAGUACUAACUGUGAAAAAGGAUGUUAAUGAAAGCUAACCCAGUAAGUGAUGUGUAUAUACUGCCAAUAUAGUAUUUUUUUUUUUGUUGUUUUUUCCAGUCAUGGUCUCAGAGCUGCACUUUGACAAGGUGAAAACAUCUGCCUCCUUGUUCUAGUGUUAUUAUUUGCACUGUGGAAAUGAGAUGUACAUGAGCUACUGAGUGACCUAGUAUCUAAUGAAAUGCUGACCGGCAAUGGGAGACCUGGUGCAAACAUUUGCUUACAUCCUUUGUUAAUAUGCAUAAGCACUGUUAAAAUGUAUAGAAAAUGUGAUGGGAAACCUGUAAUGUUGAAGGAUAUACAGCUAUUAAACUGCACAUUAAACUGGCCCUAGAAUCACUGCAAAUAUACUGUAAUGAGUAGAACUUCAUAUAGUGUACCAUGUAAUUUGCCAGGUCCUCUUAGUGAGUAAAAUAUGGUAAUGACAGUGGAGUCUUGUUAGACUGAAAGAUGUGUCACAGCGCUGAAAUAAAUGCAUGGCAUUUACUCUCCUUCUUGAGAAUCCUGGGUGUGUGUCUUUUCUCACUGAUAAGCAUACAAAAGCCAAACACAAACUAAAU